AAAUUUAACAAAGAAGAGAAAUUUUUUUUCUCUUCUUUUCAUUUUUUUUUUUUUUGUGCUUUCAUUGUAAAUUCCUUUCUAGAGAAUAAGUGUUAUGUUACUGAAAAUUAAAUGUUCCAUAAAUUUAAUAAUUAAAAAAUUAAAAUUAAAAAAAUUUUUAUUAAAUUAUGAAAUCUGUAGAGGAUACUACAACAAAAUCAGUAAAUAAAGAUGAUGACGAAGAUGAAAAAGAAAAACAACAAAAAAUUCCGGAGAAAGCUACAAAGGUAGCAGGAGAAAAUAGAAGGCUUUUACCAAAUCCUAGUUUGAUAUAUGAAAGAAGAUCAAAAGAUAUUGACGAAUGGCUGGAUGAAAUGAAAUUUUAUGCAUGGAAAUCUCGCGGAAUACCAGAAUCUCGUCGAAAAGAGUUAUGGUUAACUUUAGCUGAAAAAUAUUUUCAUUCAAAAUGUAUUAAUUGGCAAGAACGAAGAAAUACAAGCAUGUACGUUGAAGAUCGUGACAUGGAAGACCAAAUAAUUAAGGAUCUUCAUAGAACUGGAUCAGCAUUUUGUUCCGGCCCAAACAGUAUUAUAAAUCAGGGAAAACUAAAGCAUUUAUUAUUAGAAUAUGCACAAUGGAAUCCGAAAGUGGGAUAUUGCCAGGGUUUUAAUGUUCUUGGUGCAUUUAUACUUCAAAUUAUGGAGAAAGAACAAGAAAAUUCAUUAAAAAUUAUGGUAUAUCUACUUGAAGGAAUUCUUCCACCCGGUUAUUAUAGUGAAUCAUUAGUAGGACUUCAAAUUGAUAUGGCAGUAUUUAGGCAAUUAAUGUUCGAACAUUUACCAAAAUUAGCUACACAUCUUCAAAAUUUAGAAAGUGGUCAAGGAUAUGAUGAACCCCCACUAACAAACCUUUUUACAAUGCAAUGGUUUUUAACAAUUUUUUGUACAUGUUUAGCUAUGCCUAGUUUAUUACGAAUAUGGGAUUUAAUAUUUUUAGAAGGAAAUGAAGUUAUUUUCCGAACUUCUUUAGCUAUAUGGAGUAUUAUGGAAAAAUAUGUUGCAAAGAUGAAUAAUAUUGAUGAUUUUUAUGGUAAUAUGGGAAUAUUAUUUCAAAGAUUGUGCAGUGGAAGUAUGUGUGAUCCAGCGGAAUUAGUUAGAAUUGUUUCAAGAUUCAAACCAAUUUCUAAUUUACAUGUUUUACGUGUCAAACAUAAACAACUUUCCGAACGUAAUAAAAGGCCAAAUAAAUUAAAUCAAAGAUCUGCUUCAAUACCUUCAUCAUCUCAGUCAAUGAUUAAUUCAACUUUAAAUCAAAAAUCAAUUCGGGAUGCAAACAAGAAAGUUAAUAUAAAAAAUAUUGAUAUGUCUGUAUUUAAAAAACAAUAUGAAAAAUUAAAAAGGCGGCCAUCUUUAGAAUUAAAUGCAGUUACAUUAGGUAAAAAAGCCCUGGAUGGAAAAACGGCAGCAACAUUUACCGUAAAUAAAUUUUGGUCUAAUGCUAGUAAUAAUAAUCUCAAAAAUAAUAAUAGCAAUAGCAGAAAAUUAUUAAAAUCAAAUGAAAACAGUAAAGAUAGUCAUAUUAUCACUAUAAAUAAACAUAGCAAAAAAAUAGAUAAUAAUUUAAUGCCUCAUCAUCGUCAUAUGAAAUCAAAAAAGAGUCCUGAUAUAAAACAACUUCCUAAACCAGAACAAUUAGAUAGUUUAAUAAAUAAUAAAGAUGAAAUAAUUCAAUCAAGUGAUAGCAGUAGUACCACUAGUUUAUGUGAUAAUGAUGAUAACGAUGAUGACAGUUUGUAUGAAUGUAGUUCUCUUAAUCUUUACUAUUCGGAUAGUAUUGAUGAAACAUGUGAUAAUUGGCCAAAUAUUGAUAUGAAAAAUUCAGAAAAGGAAACUUCCGAAAAUGUUAGUUUAAUAUUGGAACAAAUUGCUUCGUAUAGUGCCAGUAAUAUUAGCAAUAACAUUAUUAGCGAAACUGAAAAUGAAAUUGAACAAAAUGUUGAAGAAAACGAUAAUCAAGUAUUAUUAUUAAAAUUAAAUGUCACAAAGUUACCUGACACAGAAAAUAUUAUCUGUGAUGAAAAUAAUUAUGAAACUAAUUACGAUAAAAACCUAAAAAAUGAAAUUGUUAUACAAGAAAAAGAAGAACUCAAUGAUAAAUUCGAUUUCGAAGAAAUUGAAAAAUGGAGAGAAAAAUAUUUAAAAACCCCAUUAGAAGAAGAACAAUUAAUAGACAAUCCGCCUCCACAAAAUCAAGAAAUUAAAAUUGUGAAUAUUAAUGAUGAAACUCUAAAUAUAGACUUAAGUGAUUCACAGUUUUUGGAAAAUUCUAUUAAAAAUGAUAUUUCUCCGAUAGUAGAAUUUAAGAGUCAUAUAAAAAAUGAAAAUUCAACAAAUGAAGAAACAAAUUUGAAUAAAUCUGAAUCGAUUACUUCUGAUAUAAAAGACAAAUCAAAAUCAUCGGAGAGUUUGGAAAAAAUGUCGAUAUUAUUUUUACCAUUUGAAUCAUCUAAAGAAUCUAAAGUUUCUGAUGAGGAUUUUAAAACAAAUCCGAUAAUUUCUAAAGGUGAAGAUUUGCAUCAAGAUAACUCAAAUAUUGGAGAAGAAGGAGUUACAAAUGAAGUUUUUGAUAAUAUAUUUCAAAAUGAAUUCAGUCAAUUUGCAAAAUAUGCUGUUAAAGAUUAUCUUGAGGGAAUUCAUUACACAAAAAAUGGGGUUGAAGAAGAUGGUAAAACCAAAUCAGAAACAAGAACUUAUUAUGAUGUUUUUAAAAUAAUUGAAGAAAAUUCAAAAGUUCUUGACAGUUUUUCGAAGAAAUCAAAUAAUAUUAUUUCUCCAGCUGAAAGCUCAGAAAAUAUUCAACAAGUAUCCGAAAAAAGUGAUGAUAAAUUUAAAUCAAGUCCAAUUAAAGAUGACGAUUUAAGUGAAUUAUUCCCAGAUGCAAAAACUAUGAAGAGCAAUCAAAUUGAUUUAACAAUUGGUGAUGAAAUGAGCUCAUCAGAAUGUAAUACAUCUAGUUUACCAGCCGAUGGUAAUGAAGUAAUUGAUAAAAAUAAAAUUGAAUUAAAAAUUGACACAAUAGAAAAUGAAAAUGACUACAAUUCUUGUAAUACAACGAAACCACAAUUAGGAUCUUUAUUAGGUGAAACUAAAAGAACUAUCGACGAGAUCGAUGAUGAAUUAUUACUUAGUGAUAAAAAAUAUUAUCAGACGAAUAGAAUGAGCAGAAGUUUUGAAGAAAAAAUUGAGCGUGAAAUUGUAAAUGAUUUUGAAAUUUCUAAAGAAAAUUCAAAAAGUUUACAAAAUUUGGAGCAUAAUGAUCGUAUUAUUUUAGAAAAACUUGAUGAUUUAGAUUCCUGUAAACUGAAAAGAUACGAGUAUUCCCCUGAAGACAAAAAUGACUGUGAAAUUCAUAAAAAUAAUUCGAAUCAGAUUGUUGAAGAAAUCAAAAGUUUGCAUGAAAAAUCUAAUUCAUUACUAGAUCAAGGCCCGGAAAAAAGGGAAACAAAAGCUAAGGAUUAUGAAAUUUUUAAAAUAACUAAAGAUUUAUCCAUUAAUUUUGAAGAAAAAGAGAUGUUUGACCAAAGCAAAAAUCGUAAAAAUAUUCAUGAAGAAGAAACUAAUUACGAAAAUAAAAAAUCGACAAAAAAUCGUGAUUUGAUUUCUGAAAAGAAAAAUUAUGAAUCCGAAUCGGAAGAAUAUGAUCAAUACUGGUUCAUUGAGAAGCCAGAACAAAUCGAAAAAAGACGUGAUUCAUUACGUAAGCUUAUUAGUCCGGAACAAGCGACAGAGAAAAGAAGAGAUUCAUUACGUAAAUCAAUUAGUCCGAUUGAAAGCCUUAAAGAUUCCUUGUAUGGCUCAAAAGACUCAUUAUAUGAUAUAAAUUUAAAGAGUUUCAAAGAAGAUUCUUCAUAUAAGUACGAUGCAACAGAAGAUUUGUUAUCAAAAAUUCGAUUAACAAAUUUAGAUGAAUUAGAUCAAAAAGAACGUAAAAGUUCUUUAACACGACAGCCUUCAAUGAUUGGAACUGAAAAAAUAAUUUAUCCUAGUACAAAAACGGUUCGAAUUUUAGAAUCACCAAAGGAUAAUAUCAGUAAAAAAUUUCUCAAUAAAUAUGAUGAAUAUAAAAACGAUUCUAGUUUUAACGAUGAAUAUAAUAAAAUUUCAAUUAAUAAAUCAAUCGAAAGUAAGAAUAAUAUUUUAAAUCGUUAUGGUAUUAAAAUGAAUGAAGUAGAUGAUGAAAAUGAUUUGAAUAAAAUUAAAUUGAGAUCAUCUUAUGAAAAUCAAACAUACGAUAGAAAAUAUUUUUCACGUAAAGAUGAAAGCGAUUUUAAAGAGAGAUUAGAAUCAAUUAAAAAUACAAUUAAAUUUAUUGAUGAUUUAUGCGAUGAAAAUGAUAAGGUAAAUCGUCGAAAGAGAUGUCAUCGAGAUGCAUUAUCUAGAAAAAGUUUAAUAUUUGAUGAUCUAUUAUCAAAAACACCAUCAACAUUAACAACACCAGUUAUUCAAAAUGAAAAUGACAAUAGAUAUAAAAAAGUUACAACAUUUUAUUCCUCUGAGCAAUGUUCAAAUUUAAAUAGUACUAAAUAUAAUAAUGAUUAUGAUGAUAAUGAUGAUUUAUUUUCAACAAAAUAUAAUUAUUCUAAUAACAAUAAUACUACAUUAAUUGGAAAAAAUACAAUAUAUAAAAGAAAUAGUUCAUAUGAAAAUUUAAAUGUUCAAAAUGAAAAUCAAGAUUCCGAUAAUUUACAAUAUAGUUCAAGAUAUGAAGAGAAAGCAUACGAUGAUACUAAAGAGAAUGUUGAUUUUGAAAGUAUAGAAAAACGAAAAUCUAAAAGUUAUAGUAAUAUAUAUUUCAGUAAAAAUGAUUAAAAUAAAGUUAAAAUUAAUAUUUUGUCUUAUGUAUAACGAAAAUGAAAAGAAAAUAUUUAAGGGAAAAAUUAUUUAAGUGCCGUUUUAUUUGUUAAAGCUCAAAAUAAAUUUGAA